CGUAAUUGUUUCAUUGUAACAGAUUGAGCUUACGUCUCGGCGGACUCAUGCAUUUGAAUGUUGGGUGCCUUUAGCGCAACGCAUAUCGAUAUGAUACGGGCUAUCAGUUUCAAUAACAAAACCCCUUGUCCCGAAAAAUAAUAAAACAUAGGGUUGUGUUGCAAAAGGAAGUUUGGUCUAGGAAAGUGGGAAAGUGCCUUGUACAGUCAGUCUAUGUGAUUUUUGAGAAGGAUAAUUUUUAGUUUCUUUUUUGCAAAAUGGGGGAGAUGCGAGGGGAAGUUGCAGACCUGACGCAUAUGAUGCAAAGGUUCUCGUGGGUAGAUUACGUUGUGUUCGUGUUGAUGUUGGCUAUCAGUGCGGUGGUGGGAGUGUACUGGGGUUUCAUGAAGAAACAGACCACGCAAGCGGAUUACCUGCUUGGUGGAAGGAACAUGAAAGUGAUUCCUGUUUCUAUGUCUCUUGUGGCAAGUUUUGUUUCGGGCAUAACCCUGUUAGGGUCACCGACGGAAGUCUACAUGCACGGAACCCAGUACGCAUAUAUCAUAGGAGCAAUAUUCUUGAUGUCUAUCAUAAUGACACAGAUUUAUCUACCUGUGUUUCACGAACUCAAGAUUACAUCAAAUUACGAGUACUUAUCAAUACGAUUCGACAAUAGAGUAAGAUUGUUUGGAUCAAUAUUAUUCGCUUUUACGUUGAUAGGCUGGUUGCCGAUUGUCAUUUAUGUUCCAGCACUAGCAUUUAAUCAAGUAACGGGUGUUAACAUACACGUGAUUACUCCAAUAGUGUGUUUGGUCUGCAUAUUCUACACAAGUGCGGGUGGAUUACAAGCAGUAGUAUGGACGGACGUGAUCCAAAUUACGGCGAUGUUUGGCGCGAUGGCCUUGGUCGCAAUCAAAGGGACUAUUGAUGUGGGCGGUAUUGGAGUGGUCUGGCAGAGGAAUUUGGACAGCGGGAGGAUCGAAUUGCCGGAUUGGGAUCCCAAUCCUCUGACGCGGCACACAAUAUGGAGUCUCGUGGUCGGUGGAACUAUCUACUGGCUCCAGUCUAACGCCGUCAAUCAAACUAUGAUCCAAAGAUAUCUUGCGUUGCCAACUCUGAGGGGCGCUAAGUGGGCAGUUUUCUUAUUCUGCGUUGGCAUCUCGUUUCUCUACUGCUUCUGCCUGUACUGCGGGCUAUUGAUCUACGCACGAUUCCACGACUGUGAUCCUUUACAAACUAAGUUGGCAAAGGCGAAAGAUCAGCUACUACCGUUGCUAGUGAUGGAUGUUCUUGGAGAAAUCCCUGGGUUGCCGGGAGUCUUCAUUGCUGGAAUAUUUAGUGCCGCUUUGAGUUCAUUGUCAACGAGUCUGAACUCGAUGUCAGCAGUAGUACUAGAAGACUUCUACAAGCCGUUCUUCGCGAAGGCGCUGACUGACCGACAGGCGAGCUGGCUCAUGAGGGGAGUCGUUACCCUGGGCACGCUCUGUGUAGGGCUGGUAUUCAUAGUAGAGAAGAUGGGGACAAUCUUGCAGCUGACGAUGACGCUGGAGUCUAUGACGAUGGGCCCUCAACUGGGAGUGUUCACAAUGGGCAUCCUCAUGCCGUGGGUUGAUGCUACAGGAGCACUAGUUGGUGGAGUCAGCGGUCUUGCGGUGAUGUCAUGGUGGUGUCUGACGUCACAGCUGGCCAUAGCUAGGGGGCAGAUAAAGCACUCACACAAAUCUCUGACAACUGUAGGAUGCACGUACAAUUUUACUACAGUUGAAGAUGUGAUUGAAGAAUCAGUUUUUAGUCAAGACGUAAACCCAGUGCUCCGAGUAUCGUACAUGUGGUACACACUAGCCGGCAUGGCGGUGACCAUGUGCGUGGGCGCAGUGGUGUCGCGCAUCAACCGCGCGCGCGGCACGCCGCACCUGCCGCCCGCGCCGAGCCUGCUGGCACCGCAGCUCAGGAAGCUCUUCAAGGAACCCCCGCACCCUACUGAUGAACCCUAUAUUAGUGCUUAUGGACAGAAUAAGGAAGCCUGCCACGCCAAUUCUACCUCAAUAAACAUGAAACCAAUUACCGAAACCGAAGAAAUAACAAAAAAGAAUAAUAAAAUGUCUGAAGAAAAAUUAAAUGUGUCGGAAGUAAGACUUUCCCUCCAGCAUUUCGCAUGGUUUGACUAUGUACUGUUUAUUUUUAUGUUAACAAUAUGUGGUGGAAUUGGUGUGUACUUCGGGUUCGUAAAGAAACAGAGUUCUACCCAGGACUAUUUGAUGGGAGGACGAAAUAUGAAGUUGUUGCCCGUCUGCUUCUCAUUAGUGGCAAGCUUUAUUUCAGGAAUAUCCCUUUUAGGUAUACCGACAGAGUUGUACAUUUAUGGAACACCUUAUGUGUUUACUUUAAUCGGUACUCUUUUAAUGUCAGUAAUAAUUUCUUAUACAUUUUUACCAAUACUCCAUGAAUUGAAAUUAACAUCAGCGUACGAGUACUUAGAACUCCGAUAUGAUAAACGCCUGAGAGUGUUUGGUUCUGUGAUUUUCACCGUUUACUUGAUGGCAUGGCUGCCUAUUGUAGUUUAUGUACCAGCUUUAGCAUUUAAUCAAGUGACUGGAGUUAACAUUCACAUUACAACUUCUGCAGUAUGCAUAGUUUGCAUAUUUUAUACGUCUUUGGGUGGCCUGAAAGCCGUUGUGUGGACAGAUGUGAUCCAAACUAUAGUGAUGAUUGGCGCUAUGAUCAUAGUCGUUAUAAAAGGCACUAUCAUAGCCGGCGGUUUUCAAGAGGUGUUUCGAGAAAAUUGGAACACAGGACGACUGGAAAUACCACCAGUGAGUCUAGACCUAACGGUGAGACAUUCUAUCUGGUCCGUCUCCAUCGGUUCGACUUUCUACUGGAUCGGCAAUGUUGCUGUAAAUCAGUCCAUGUUGCAACGGUUUCUUGCAUUGCGUGAGCUCAAGUCUUCGAUAAGGGCUGUUUGGGGUUUUUUGUUCGGGGUGGUAUUCAUAAUGCUAAUAUGCGGGUACAGUGGGUUGUUAGCCUUCGCUAAGUACCACGACUGUGACCCGUUAGACUCUAAGCUGGCUCUAGCUAAGGACCAACUGUUGCCUUUACUAGUCAUGGAUGUUUUGGGAGACUGGCCCGGUAUGCCUGGAAUAUUUGUAGCUGGAGUUUUCAGUGCAUCUCUUAGCUCCUUGUCAACUGGUUUGAAUUCAAUGGCUGCCGUUGUAUUAGAAGAUUUGAAGCCAUUUUUCAAAGAACUGACUCAUAGACAAACGCAGAUAUUGGUCAGAUCAGUCGUUGUCAUACUUGGAGUUAUUUGUGUUGGUCUAGUAUUCGUAGUAGAGAUGUUGGGUUCCGUCUUACAGCUGACUAUGAGUCUGUCCUCAGCAUCCAUGGGACCCUUAGCUGGAGUGUUCCUCAUGGGAAUGUUCUUACCUUUCAUAGAUUCUACGAGUGCAUUAUCAGGAGGUAUAAUAGGUCUGACGUCAGCGUGGUGGAUCGCUGCGCAGUCGCAGUUAGCACAGGCUCGGGGCUUGUUGAUGUCCAAUGAGAAGCAGAGGUUCACGCACAACUGUACUUACGACUUCGAUCAAUUUGUGCCUAGUGUGGCUGAUGCUGAAAGUGAAGUGCCAUACUUAUACCGCAUCUCAUUCAUGUGGUUCACGGCGUUUGGUUGUAUGGUGACCAUCGGGAUCGGCUGUAUUGUUAACUUGAGACGGACGGCAAAAGUGCACCAAGAUCAUCGCCUGUUCGCUCCUUCAUUCGAAGGUGGCUGGAGAAAGAUAAGAUUCAUCAAAUGCAUUUGAAAAAUAUUGAAAAAUGAACGACGUCAAUACAUUGAUGAAGAAAAUUUCGUGAUAUUAAGAAAAAUCACUAAAAUAUUUUUUGUUUACAUUAAACGUGAUUAGAAGUUGUCACUUGUCACGGAGCAAAAGUAUAAAUGAAACAUUACGUUUAUAACAUAGUGGAGGAAUUAUAAGAUAAGUAAUACAUUAUCAACCCAGGUUUAUUUAUGUAAAUCUUAUUUAGUAUAUAAAUCUGUAAAUGUAUGUAUUUUGAAUAGAUAUUUUACAUUCAGUUGUUAAGUUAUGGGA